AUGAUUAUUGAAGGCUUAUUCAACAUAGAGCUAUUUCUCGAGUUUAUUAAUGAUCUACUUGCCAAAAUGCAACCUUUCCCAGCUCCAAGGUCAGUCAUUGUAAUGGACAAUUGUACUAUUCACAAAGCACCUGAAAUUCAAGAACUCAUUAAAGUAAGGUAUGUAAGAAAUGUUCAGCUUUUAAUAAUUGAAUACUAA